GUUGGUCACUGGUCGACUUCAGUUCACAGCCCCCUGGGGAAUACAACCUCAGGUGUCAAAGAGCCUUUGCAGCAGUCAGCAACCCUGUUGGGUUCCUCGUCACAGCAGCCAAACCUCACGCCAGCCCAGACGGGAGGACAACAUGGACAAUGCCAAUCCACUUAUACCCUGCCAGCUCAUACGUCCAGGUCACAGGUAGCUAUGGAUUAUGCUGCACCUGCUCACCACACCUCUCUGCCUUCGCUUCUUCCUGUUUAGGAUCCUGCUCUGCAUCUACGGUCUGUGCCACAGUCUGCUCUACAUCAGGCUCCGCUUGCCCAGCCCGACAUGCUUCGGCCUCCUCUCUAGCCUCCUAAUAUUCCCCCUCAGCAUCCUCAGCAUCCUCUUCCGCCACUGCUACAGUACCAAUCUUACCCUGCUUAUCCUUCUUAUCCAGCUGGGUUGUAUUACCCGCCAUAUGCGCCACAUCCAACAGGGCAACCACUGCUGACGCAGCCAGCUACACCUUAUGCACAAGCCAUCCCACCAGCAGGCCCUACAAUCCCAGACAUUCUGGAAAUGGCCAUCGCUUCUUCAUAUGGCAUUCCGAAGCCUAAACUGACCCCAUUCAGUACUGGUAAGGAGAGUGACUUCAUAAUGCUGAAGAAAGGAUUGGACAGUGUGCUCGGCCCACACAAGCAUCUAUCAGAGGAUUAUAAGUACCAGGUGCUACUAGACCUCCUCAAACUACCAAACGCUUACCAGGUUGCAAAGAGGUAUGUGAACGAUCCAACUCCAUACACUAGAGCCAUGCAAGCCCUAGAACAGCGAUAUGGCCAGCCAGGCCAGCUUGUUCAAGGAGAGCUGAAGGCCAUUCUCAACUCUCCUCCUAUCAAGCCAGGUGAUGCACAAGCCUUUGAGGAUUUCUCAUCAGCUGUUAGUACCUUUGUGGGGCUGUUAGGCACUAUGGAGGGUCCCUCCAGUGCCGAGCUGAAAUGUGGAUCUCAUGUAGACACUCUGCUUAGUAAGCUGCCUGUCAGCUACAGAGACCGCUUUGCUGAGUACUGCAUAUCUCAGGGGAUCAUCCGCAGUGGCACGGAUAGUACAUACACACUCCCUGACUUUGCUGUGUGGUUGGAGAGAAAGGCACAAGCUUUACAGGUAUCAAGGAGGGUUACAGAAGCAACCAGGAUGGAACAUGUACACAUAGAGCGUAAGGACAAGGUAACAAGGCCCCAGAAGUCUAAGACCGCUAACGUCUACAUCACCAACCGAUCAGAGACUCCUGAGCCCUCUCAUAGCCAUGACACAUCCAGAGCCAAUUCGACGCAAGGUCUGUCCCCCUCUAAGAAGCUAGAGCGUUUUAAGCCACACUGCCCCUACUGUUCCAAUCAGGAACACUACCUCAGUGCCUGUUCUGAAUUCGCUAAGCUCAACACAGCUGAGAAAGCUAACUGGAUAAAGGAGAAGGACAAAUGCUGGAGAUGUGGACACGGACACAAACCGGAGACAUGUACCUUAAAGAAACCAUGCUCCACCUGCAAUGAGCAACAUCUUAUUGUCCUACAUGAGGUUGCACUCAAAGCCAAUCAGAGUGUCCUCACAGUUAGUACUACCUCCAGUAUGGUAUAUGUGGGCCAGGCUAGCCAUCCUAGUCGUGUCCUGCUGAAAGUAGUUCCUGUUCAGCUUCACAACAGAGGUAAGACCCUAAAUACACACGCCGUACUGGAUGACAGCUCAGAACGAACCAUUAUUCUUCCGGCAGCCGCCAAACAUCUUGGUCUCUCCAAGAAGGAAGAAGUUUUGCCUCUUAGAACCAUUCGACAGGAUGUUGUGAAGCUUAAAGGUGCUUCUGUCUCAUUCGAGGUGUCGUUCCAGGCCAACACACAGGUGAGAUAUCACAUCCACCAUGCCUUUACUGCAGAUGAGCUGAGUCUCGCUGCUCAGUCAUGUCCAGCGGAGUCCCUCAAGAAGAGGUAUGACCAUCUGAGUGGAGUACCAAUACAUGGAUUCAAUAGUGUACAGCCCAUGCUCCUAAUUGGUUCUGACUAUCCCCAUCUAAUCACUCCAGUAUGCCCUGUGCAGAUGGGACCCCCAGGUGGCCCGGUGGCCAUAUCCACAUUGUUAGGCUGGGCUAUUCAGGGACCUACUAACUUCCUACAGAACCCCACCAGAGAAGCCUCCUGCUUGCACACAGCAUUCCUGUCUCCUGCUCAAGACCUGCAUCAGCACGUUGAAAGGCUUUGGCAAAUCGACACGCUUCCAUAUAGAUCCGGAAGGGAAGCUGCACGUUCCAAGCAAGACCAGGCAGCUAUCAACACGCUGGAGAAGCAAACCAUUCGGGUCACAGUAGAUGGAGUCGCCCGCUACGCUACACCCCUUCUACGCAAAGAAGCAGCACCCAGGUUACACGCUCCCCCAGCUGCAGUGAUGCCACUUCUAAGAGCUACUGAGCGGCGCUUGGCACGCAGCCCAGAUCUAGCCAGGGUCUACAAGGAGGAGAUACACAAGCUGGUCAAGGCUGGGUACGUUGUGAAGAUCAGUAGUGACGAGGCAAGUCAAUCUUAUGAAUCAUGGUACAUCCCUCACCACAUUGUUCACCACAACGGUAAGGCCAGAGUAGUAUUUAACUGCUCGUUCAAAUACCAGCAACUUGCCAUCAAUGACAUCCUGCUUCCUGGGCCUAACCUUGGUCCACUAUUACUGGGUGUACUCCUCAGGUUUAGGGAGUAUCAAGUCGCCAUAAGCGGGGACAUCCGCGGGAUGUUGCAUCAAAUCAGGCUCCUUCCUGAAGAUCAACCACUUCUCCGCAUCCUCUGGCGGGAUAUGGAGAGCGACCGUAGCCCUGAUAUCUACGAAUGGCGAGUUCUACCCUUCGGCACUGCCUGCAGUCCAUGCUGCGCUAUAUACGCACUGCAACGGCACGCCAAGGACAAUAGUUCUGACAACCAAGAGGUACUGGACUCCGUUGUCAACGCUUUUUAUGUAGAUAACUGCCUACAGUCUCUUCGUUCUCCAUCACAGGCAAAACAGCUUAUUGACAAGAUGAGAGCCCUGCUUGCUGAUGGUGGAUUUGAUAUGAGACAGUGGGCAAGCAACCUACCAGAUGUCAUUGCUCAUCUCCCACCAGAGGCAAGGUCAGAGGGCUGUGAGCUGUGGUUGACUGCAGACGGAGCAGACCCCCAGGAGUCAACGCUAGGUCUCCGGUGGCACUGCCCAUCUGACACCCUCGGCUACAAGCAUCGUCAAGCAGUAGCCACGGAGCCUACGCUGAGGAACAAAUACAGAGUAUUGGCAUCUCAAUAUGACCCUCUUGGAUAUAUUAUCCCCUACACUACGCAAGCCAAGGUUUUUAUCCAGGCUCUUUGGAGGAACGAGCAAGGCUGGGACGAGCCUAUCACUGGUGAACUCCUCUCUGUAUGGCAAUGUAUGUAUGUAUGGGAGAACGAGUUAUCUCAUCUCCAUCACAUUGACAUGCCUCGGUGCUAUAUGCCAAUGAGCAUCGAUCCUGAUAGCUCUCCUGUGGACUUGCAUGUUUUCUGCGACGCUUCGGAGAAGGCGUACGGAUCUGUCGCCUAA